AUGGCGAACGUGGUUCUGGAGUUCAAGACUUCAGCCGGUGACUCCGAGCCACAGAAUCGCCCUGUUCUGAUUAUCGGACAGCAUACCAGCUUACAGCAAGCAAGCUGGAGCCAAAUUAAAGGAAAACUGCAGCCAGCCGUCAGCAAAGAGGUGAGACUGUGAACAAAAAUGACAGCAGAUCUAUGUGCCCGCUAAGCUAACCUCAGGAAGCUAACUCCGCUAGCUUAAACACAUUACCAACGGUAGCUAAGUUAAUAAUGACACCGUAUAAGUGAACGUUCAGAUUUAUCUACUAGCUUUCAAAGUCAUGCUCAAAGUUGGUGAUCUUCUUAGAGGGGGAUCAUGGUUUUGGUUAGACAAAGUGAAUUUAACGUCGGCUUUGUUCGAUGUACUCAUAACUUGUAAGGGUUGAAGCUGCCAAACAGAGUAACAAGUUGUUCUAGGUUAUUAUCCAGCGAACCAGCAAAAUGAACGAUUUAAAAAUGACAUUUGGUUACCCGUUGAGGUUAAUUUCUGUGUCCUGGCUCUGAAGUUAACAAAUGUAUGGCCACAAUAAAAGCAUGAAUUGGGUCUAAUCUAGUUUGUGCACCCAACAACUCCUCCAUUAUUUCUGCAUUUUCAGUUUUUGUUAGAUCACCCAGGUGUUUAUAAUGUUUCGGCUGGUUGGUGUAGAAUAGAUGAACAAAGCCAGCCACACAGACUCCGUACUCCUAUAUCUGAUUGAAAUGUAAGCAGUGUGCUAUGGACUGUUGUGCAAAGUCCUUGUUGAUUAUUUUGCAAUAGUGUCAGCCUCCAGGAAGGAGAAUCUUGAAAGAAUGACUUUGGGAAGUGGGAAGAGGCUCUCAGUACCCAUAAGUAAUUAUUACCCAACAUGCCUGUUAACUCUGUUGCUUUACUUAUUUUUUUGUCUGCUGUCGACACAUGUAGAGUGGACAGACCUUAAUGUGGCCCAGCACACAUAAGUGUACACACAAGGGCACGACCGAUAUGGAUUUUUGGGGGCCGAUACCGAUUACCGAUUAAUCAGCCGAUUUUUGAAAUUUUUUAUAUAGUUAUAAAAUAUAUAUAUAGAUAUACUGUAGAUAUCUACAGUAUACUUUAUACUACAGUAUACUAUACUGUAGAUAUACCGUAGGCUACUGCUCUUCACACCGACAGGAAGACCGACUGAUCAAACUUUGACCAACUACCCUCGCGCCGAUCGGUGCCUCUGCGUCUUAACUCAUGUUACUCAUAAAUCGGUUGGGCCCUAGUACACACUACACAAUAUAGACAAAUGCCUUCCAGACCACCUGCUUUAAUAAUAAUAAUAAUAGCUCUAUUCUUAUCACACUUUUAAAAACAGAAGUUUACAAAGUGCUUUGACAAACAGUUGCAAAGCAGAUAUUUUUAUUAAAAGCAUAGCACUUCCUGGUAAUGACCAUCAAGGCUUUUGUAUAAGCUUCUAUGAAUAGGCUGUAUCUCCUUUAGUAGUUUUAUUGAUGCAAAAAAGAUGACGCACUUACAUGAAACAAAAAGAGGGAAGUCGUUCAAUAUCAGGCAAAACAUGAGCAGUCAGCAAAAAGUAGGACUUCCCCAUUCACCCCCUCUCCAUUCAUGCACAAAACCCGCCAGGUGAACAGCUGACUUCACUACUACCACCUCCACACCACCACGUGACUCUCUUACUCGUAUAUAACCACACAAUACACAAAAACUAUAAAGAUCAUGACUACCACAAAGAACUGGCAUCAACAGCUUUCAAAGUGAACUCUCUGGUUAUUCUUAUCCUGAUCACAUUUGGUUUACAAUUACAUUUAUCAAUCUAAACUCAACCUCGUGCUAAGGUAGCAGGUGACCUCUACUUUUGACCUGUCAAAGCCAACAUUUAAUCUGCGUUAGGUAAGUAUCAGGUGCUAGCUGUAUCCCCCAGAAGUGUGUACAUUUGCAAACAGUUGUUAAAGGGUGCGCCCCAUGUACUGGGGCUACUCCAGUCCUGGUUUCAGCAGCCAUCAGGUCGACUCCCAGCCACAACCCUUUGCUGCACGUCACCCUCUCCCCACUCUCCACUACCUACAUUUCCUGUCUGCUUUCAGCUGUCCUAUUUUAAUAGAGGCAAAAAUUCCCCCAAAAACUUUGAAAAACAAACAAAUGAAGAAAACACUAUAAUCAAAUGGAAUGAUAGUACGGCAGUCUCAUGAAAUGUCCAGCACCGGAGACUCUCGCUAAAACAUAAAUGGGCAAACAGUCAGGAUUUCAGUUCACCUACGGUUUUCUUAAUAAGUGAAAAUUAACCAAUAUAAUAGAUAAAUAUUGUCUUGUUAAAUCGACCAGACAAAUUCAGCUUUACCCUCUCAUGUUUUUAAUUUUUAUUUUUUCAGACCUGGCAGGCAGCACUCAGUGCUUUGAACCCGAACCCCACAGACAGCUGUCCUCUGUACCUCAACCAUGCUGCAGUGGCCGCAAUUCCGUCGCGGGUCAGUCGGCACAACAGCCCAUCUUCCGCCCACUUUGUGUCCCGUCUGGUUCGAUCCUGCCUUCCAGGAGGAAACAACCGCUGCAUCAUGGUUAGUAUCUCACUCAGACUUCUAUCUAUCCAUCUGUCUGUCUGUCUGUCUGUCUGUCUGUGUCAGUUGAGUGAUUUUUUUGGUUCCUCCCCAGAUGGUUUGUGAGCGUUCGGAUGUGUUUGCGUCCUCUUGCGCCAUCGCAAGGGCUUUCCCGAUCUUCUCUCGACGCACAUCAUCCUCCCGCAGGGCUGAGAAGAAGCAUGUCACUGUAGAGUUUGUGAUCAUUGGGCAAGACAGUAGCCCUCUGGAGGCCUCAGAACUUGAGGUAGGUUUGCUUUUGCUCUUAUUUUCCUCCUUUCUUACAAACUACAGACUCUCUAGGAGGCUUUUACCACAGUUCGGAUAUUUUAAACUUGGGGAGCUUGAUAACUGCGGUGUCUUGUCUCUUUUCAGUGCCUCUCCAAUGCUGCCGAUGGCGUGCGUCUGGCAGCUCGCAUUGUGGACACACCUUGUAAUGAGAUGAAUACAGAUCACUUCCUAGAUGUGAGUGAAACUUUCUCCCCUGAAAAUUGUGAUGAUUUUAUUGAUAUUUUCAUGUGUUUUUGUUGACAAACAUUUCUGUUGCAGGAAAUCAAAGCUGUGGGAACUGAACUGGGAAUCACUCCAAUGAUCAUUCGUGGGGAGGAACUAAAUCAAAGAGGAUUUGGAGGUAGCUUCUCGCUUGAUAUACGUUUUACUCGCCAUGGGUUUUAUAGUAAAUUGUCUGAAAUAUUUUCUAGCCAAAUUCUGAUCAAACAAAUAGAGAAGAUUUUUGCCUUUAGACAAUCUGUGAUAAUAAUUUCAUGCAAUUCUGUGGCAUUUCUGUUCAAAUUUCCUAAAAAAGAAACUACUCCUUAAAGAACUCAACUACAAAUGACUAAGAACUGCAGUUUUCUGAGUAUUGUCAUGUUUAACCUUUACCCUAUCAGGUAUUUAUGGCGUUGGAAAAGCAGCACAGCAUGUUCCAGCAUUAGCAGUGUUGAGCCACACACCAGAAGGUGCAACCCAAACCAUUGCAUGGGUGGGCAAGGGCAUUGUGUAUGACACUGGAGGACUCAGCAUCAAGGGAAAGGUACUCCUGUUUUCCUUCUCGAGAAGUCCUGAAAGUUGCUGUACAUCAUGAAGAGUACUACCUGUGUCAUUGCUAAUGUUGCAAUGGGAUCAAUCACCGAGUCUUAGGUAGUAGCAGUAUUCAGUAGCAGCCUGCUGUUGUCUCGUUGAUCCCUGACACCGCUGAUCGGUUCAACUUUAAGCCAAGACGACAUAAUCCCUCACAUGUCGUUGUUAAUGUCGUACACUUAUCUCCAAUGCAGAUUAGCUGUGCAAAGCUUUUCAAGUCAUUUUCACUCAUGCACUCCUGGAAACUGAUCGUAUGUUUCAGGACAAUCCACUCCAUAAUAUCUCAAAGUUGCUUCUACACAUACUGUUUGUCCUACACAACCCAAGUUCUUCUUGUCAGAUGAAAGAGAGGCAGGGGUCUAAAAUAGUAAAAAAGUACGCUGCAGUUGUCACAGGGUGUUGUUGAAGGCUGAUGCAACGCAGUCACACACUCAAAGAUUAUCAGCUCAUCCUGGUGUCCUGCAGAAUUUUAUCAGGGCCCUGCAGGCAGAGGUUGGAUAAGGUCGGGAUGAAAAUUUGGCCGUACUUUUUCACACAUGCGCCUCACCCUUAACACUUAACAAGGAAAUUUUUAUGUGUGAAAACAGCAUCAGUGUAAUUUUGUGGACUUCUGGGUCACUGUCCUGCCUCUCGCAUCCUUGAAGUGCAGCAUGAGAGCUCCAUCACAUGUCGGAUUUAGUGUCUCCCUUGUUAAUGUGUUGCAUUUUUACUCCCAGACCACAAUGCCAGGCAUGAAGAGAGACUGUGGUGGAGCUGCUGCCAUUUUGGGAGCUUUCAAAGCUACUGUCAAACAGGUGAGGUCCCACAGCAGCAGUUGUAUUUGCUCCCUAUGUUCCUAACUUCAAAAAAAUCUAACUUUAUUCUCUGUUUGCUUCAGGGCUUUAAGGACAACCUCCAUGCAGUGUUCUGCCUUGCAGAGAAUGCAGUCGGACCCUUGGCCACGAGGCCUGAUGACAUCCACACUCUUUACUCUGGAAAGUAAGACAUCAGACAGUCUUAAAUCACCCAGUUUGCCUUUUCCUGGCUCUCAUAGUGUAAAUGUGUGAUUUCAGGAGCACAAUAAGCAGGAAUAAAUGAUUUUCAUCAGCUAUUGUUGUUUUUUUUUAAUUCUAAAGAACAGUGGAGAUCAAUAACACGGAUGCAGAGGGCAGGCUGGUGUUAGCUGAUGGAGUGGUGUAUGCCAGCAAAGACCUGUCAGCUGAUAUUAUUCUGGACAUGGCUACUCUGACUGGGGCACAGGUGGGUGACAGCUAGCCUCUGACAAGUCAAUAACAGAUGUCACCCUCUUGUUAUCAUCAAUGAAUUAACAGGUAUUAUCAUUGUUUCUUAAAGUCUUCUUGUUUCUGCGUGUUCAGGGGAUCUCUACAGGAAAGUAUCAUGCAGCUGUGAUGACAAACAGCGAGCAGUGGGAAGUUGCAUGUGUACGCGCUGGCCGCAGCAGUGGAGAUCUCACUCACCCUCUGGUCUACUGCCCUGAGCUGCACUUCAGCGAGUUCACCUCUGCCAUGGCUGACAUGAAGAACUCUGUUGCAGUAAGAGACAAACUACAAAGUCUUCCAGAUCACUUUCUUUAACCACCAGUAACAAAUAGCUUGAGAAGCCGGUGCAUCUGAGAGUUUAAACGUCAAAUCAAAGUAAAAUCACAAAGUGUAUCAUGAAAAUAGACUUCAUAGACACUACAAAGUCUACUCUUACCUCACUGUAACACAAUCUCUCUUACUAUUAUACUGUUUGGGUCAUUGGAUGCCAGUGCAGCCUGAAGGAGCUGGACAGCAGGAGAAAUACAGCAACCAUUUUCUUUGUUAGUGUAUGCUGAUCUUGGGGUCUUCAGAGUAGUUGAUCUUAAGUGUUGCAUCUGGACUCAUAGAGCUAAAUAUGUUUCUUUUUGGAACCCUGUAAAAUUCUUAAAGUUAAAGACUCGACUGUUAGGUUGACUAAUAACUUGAAAAGGAUGACAAACUCUGAACAGCUUGUCUCUGUUUACACGGUCAGAGUAAAGACUGAACAUUGAUGGAGAGAGCAGCUCUGUUUGACUUUAUAGAGGGGCUACAUUACCUGUCCUUUGUACACAGCUCUCCUUUAUUACACCAUAUCACACAAUAGGAACUCGAGCAUGUGAACAACAUUACCUGAAGUAUUUGAAACAUAGCACAUGCACCGUCUUUCAUAACUUGUUGAAGUAUAUCAGGUCUGUAUUUAGGAGUGUCUGGCCAUGGAGCUUAACCAGUUUGACCUCUUUUCAUGUCAUCUUAUCUUUCUAAACUUUUUCAUUUGAAGCAGAGUUAUGUUUGUCUAAAUUAAUCUGUGAACUGUAGGAGAUUAGAUUCAACAAACAUUUUGUGUUUCUUACAGUAACUGCAACCCGUAACUCAUUAUUAAAAUGAGUCUUUUAAGUAGGACUCUUGUGCUGUUAUUACUCUUUUAAUUCAAAUAGUGCAGUUGCUGAGUUUUUCCUUCUCUUUCGUCCUAACAGGACCGGGAGAAUGCCCAAAGCUCCUGUGCUGGACUCUUUAUUGGUUCCCACUUGGGCUUUGAUUGGCCUGGCGUGUGGGUCCAUGUGGACAUUGCCUCACCUGUUCACGCUGUGAGUAUCUUCAGGAUCAUGAUGGCUGUUGAGGUUGAAGUUAAAGUUUUUUUAAAUGGGCGAAUCUUUUUGCUAUUGCCCAAAACUUGUUUGACAAGGAAUGGUGUGGUUGAAACUAGCAUGAAAUUAGAAAAGGAGUGUCUCAUAACAAACAACAGCUUGUGGCGUUAGUUUAGUAACUGAAAAUAUACUUGUUCAGACUAGAUGUCACACACAUCUUGUUAAAUGUACUAUAAAUACUAAAAAAGUACAACUGCUUGCUUUUGCAUUAAUCAUGUGCUGCAUCAGUCAAAAAAAUCUUGACUGUUUUGUUGAAAGAGAACGACAAGAUUUAGGAACAUGAAAGUUGGAUGGAAAAUAGUCAGCAGAUUUUUAAAGGAAGUUGGCAAAAAUGUGAAUCUAAAACUCAGCAUAGCCUUGUAUGUCUAAAAUUAUGUGAAUCAUGAAAGAGUUGAAAGAUUUUGAAGUGCCUUAAAAUGAUAAAAAGUUGUUGUCAACAAGUUAUUAUUUCUACUUUUCAUACUGGCUGUUUAAAGGAUCCAUCAGCUGCCCUUGAUACCAAAGUUCUCCUGGUCUCCAUCAAGUCGGCUAAAUAGUGAAGUUACCAUGAUUCAUUCUUUGUGUCAAAUAUAAGGUCAUCUGUUUAUGAGGUCUUUGAUCAUGUCCCUUGAUGGUGAGCUGUUGUUGAAGGAUAGCAGCAAAAAAGGAGGACAUUUUCUCCUGAAAACAAAAAUGUUUGACAUUUUCUCUUGAUUCAUCUUAACUUCUGCAGCCACAGACUGUUUGCUGUUUGGGUGUCACAUCAUGAUUUAAAUUUCAGUUCCCAUUUAACGAGACAGUACUUCAUUUCAUCAUCUCUGAAACAUUUCCAAAAGUUUAACCUUUUCUAUCCCAGGAAGGUGCUUAGUUAGUCAUGCUUUUAUCCUCAGCCACAUUGAUUGUUGUCACACCCUUUUCACUGGUGUGCUUAAAAAAAAAAAAAAAAAGUCACUUAUUAAACUACAGCUCAUUCAGGAAGCUGCCAGAGUUUUAACACGCAAAGGAAAACUGAUCACAUAACCCCUUUCUUACAACUCUGCACCGGCUCCCUGCAUCUUUAAGAAAUGAUUUUAAAGUUGUUCACAGACUUGCUCCUCCAUACAUCAGAGACCUGUCAUUUUAUUCUCUCUUGAGUACUUUUUAUGUGGUCCUCAUGAUUCCCAAACAAGGACUGGACAUUGGAGAUGGAGCUUUCUGGUCCUAUGCACCAAAACUCUGAAACUCUGUGACUCAGGAUAUGCGUGUUUAAAAGGAAACUUAGGAGCUGCUUCUUUAAUCUGACUUUUAAUUUAGAGAGACUUAAUGGUUUGGGCCAGAACUUUAUAGCUUUUAAAAUAGGAUAGAAUAAAUAAAUAAAAAAGAUGAUUUUUUUGUUUUGAAUCUUGUUUUAUUUAAUUUUUACUGAUUUAAAUUGAUUUUUCUAACUUGUGUUAUUUGAAUAUUUAGAGAGACUUAAUGGUUUGGGCCAGAACUUUAUAACUUUUAAAAUAGGAUAUAAUAAAUAAAAAAGAUUAUUUUUUUGGUUUGAAUCUUGUUUUAUUCAAUUUUUACUGAUUUAAAUGGAUUUUUCUGACUUGCGUUAUUUGAAUAAUUUUGCUGUUUUGAUUUAGGAUUAUUGUAUCCAAAAUCUUUUAUUAACCUUUUUUAUAAUCCUUUAUUAUUUUAAAUGUUGCUGCCUUUUUCUCCUGUUAACCUCCUUUUGUUGUGAAGCACUUUGAUUUUAUCUAACGUUUCAGUCACGAUAAAAAUUAACCUUAAACGUAUCCAUAAACAGAUCAGAUGAGGCUUGCUUUAUAGUGAUGGUGCUGGAAUCUGACCCUUGUUGUGCUUUAUUCCUCCUCUGCAGGGAGAGCGUGCCACAGGAUUUGGUGUUGCUCUGCUAAUGGCCCUGUUCGGUCAGGCAUCAGAUGACUCCAUGCUUAACCAAGUGUCUCCUCUGGGUGCGUCCACAAACGUGUGCGAGGACCAGAUGGAGCGUGACUGCAAGAGACGAAGGCUGGUGUAAAAACUUACCUGACACACGGUUUACUCCCGAAGCCUGAUCACUCAGCAGCCACCACACUAAUACUGUCAAGAGCUCCAAACAUCUUUAACUGUAUUUCCAGUCACUGUGUUUGAAAUAAACUUCACUUAAUAAAAACUGUUAAUCAUCAGAAAAUCAGAUGUGUCAUUGAUUGUGAAAAAACACACAUUGUCAAAUUCCCUUAAUUCCCAGUUGCUCUGGAUAAGGAUGCAGUAUGAUGUCUUAAAAAAAAAGCAAGUGAUGUAUCUUUACGACAGAAAAACAGCAGCUUUCUGAAAGCAGCAGUUCUUUGUAAUUGUUCUUUGUAAUUGUUCAAGGAAUCUGCCAUUCAUGUUUUCUUUCACAUUGUUAAAAAUGGCAAGGCUAGGGAUUUCUUCUUUGAUAACCACUGCACUUUGUAUUCACUCUGUUUCACUGGGUUGUGUGAUGUCUGGAUCAAACUGAGGAAUGAGAGCUUACAGCAGUUUUUCAACAGUUUCACAAUGUUAUCAGAUAAAUGAUUGACAAUCUGUGCCACUAAGUUUUGUCAGCACAACUCACAGCUGUUAGUAUUCGACAGUGUAAACGUGAUGUUUUUUUUUCCAUCCUCGUGACAAUCCUGUUGUCCUUCAAUAAAGGUGGUGCCAUCUGAUCUCUGUGUGCCUGUUGAGUAAAACUCUUAAAAAACAAACAUUUCCUAACAUUAGGGUCACAUUCUAGCCUUUUUACUCUCAGUACAACCUUAAAGGGAUAUUCCGGCGUAAAAUUAAUUUAGGGUCAAACGUACCGUAACGCUGAGUUAGACACCCCCGCGAGAGAUGAAUGUUGCAGACUGCUUGCUUCUCUAGUUUGACCAACUUUAGUAACAACUGCAGGUAGCAAUACACAAUGGUCUCAGGAGCCAUUAACAAACCUCAACUAAAACGCCAUUCUGUAGCAACAAAUAAUGCUCAGAACAGCACCUAACUUCAUCAACAGUACAUAUAGGGUCCUAGCCACAGUACUAGCCACCAAACAUCUUUUUAACUUUGCCUGAUUUCUUAAGCAAAGAGACUAAACACAACUCACCUAUUCUCUUCCAGCAGCCGCUUCUUUGUAGAGACCUCAUUUCUUCAUGGAAAUGCAAUCAGACCAAGACGCUAAGGCAGAAGAACUACCUCGUCUGCAGUGCAAAACAAUUAAUAUGAUGAUUAUUACUUCAAGGAAAUGAUAAAGUAUUGAUCAUAAAUGUUAUUCACCCCGCUGCAGUCCGUAAUGGACUGGCCCGAGGUCUCCGUACAAACAAGCGGCUGCUGGAAGAGAGUUGGUGAGUUGUGUUUAGUCUCUUAAACACAAAGAAAAUUAGGAAAAGUUAAAAAGAUGUUUGGUGGCUAGUACUAUGGCUGGGACCCUAUAUGUACUGUUGAUGAAGUUAGGUGCUGUUCAGAGCAUUAUUUGUGGCUAUAGAGUGGCACUUUGGUUGAGGUUUGUUAAUGGCUCCUGAGACCAUUGUGUAUUGCUAUCGUGCGGUCGUUACAAAAUUUGGUAUAAGUAGAGAAGCAAGCGAUUGGCAACAUUCAUCUCUCGAGGGGGUGUCUAACUCAGUGUUGUGGUGUGUUGAUAUUCCUUUAAUUUGAACUAUUGUAAUAUGAAUGAAUGCAUGUUGUUUCUUUUUCGUGAAAUACCUGCAGAAAUCGCAUAUUGUUCUGUUGCUUUGUCCUUGUUCAAUAGUGCACCAAAGACAUAAUUUACUCCUCAUAGUGAAGGAGCUGUCACCACGCUCCGUCAAGUUUUCACAACCUGAGUCAAAAUCUGGAAAAGAAAAAAAAAGAUGACUUUUCUGUUGCAGCAGGUAACACCAUGGUAGGGAGAACUGUUGUAUGCUGUGGUUAACAACCAACAUUGCUGACACAUUAAGUAUUCUCAGUCUAGUCAGCAUGAAACUCCAUGAUCAUGAGUUCAGGUUAACAUUUGAAAGGUUUCACGUGAGGGUGACUUGGUCUUUCUCUUCAGAUAUUGAGAUAUUUAGGUGGUAAUUGCACCUGUAAAAGUGUUAACAAACAUGUUAAAGCGUAAUCUCAUGUCAAUUUUACAGGCCUUUUGCUCGGGGUAUUGUUUUCUGGGAGUAACAUUCACAUACUUGUGACUUCCCUGGAAAACACAUGGCCGGCUGCGUAUGACGCAUUCGUCACAUGACUGUAGUGUACGUACAGAUUUAAUGAGGUCGGAGCUCACUCGCUGUGUUGUUCAGUUGUCUGCCUGGUUUCGCAACUAACACCUGCCUAUUGUUUUUCUUUUUAUUGUAGAAACCACAUUUUAAAAUCAGUGUUUGCCUCUUAGAGUCAAUAAUGUCUCAGUCAGUUUUCUUCCUUGUUGUUCUUUCAGUCACUUUGUCUGCUGUGUUUGCUGGAGUGUUUUUUAACCAAAAACAAGCUUGCUACGUCCGCUCACCAAGGAGGAACGACUUUGGGCUAAAGUAAGUCACAUUCACCCAGUUUGUCCAAAUUAUAUUUAUAAAGUAUACAGAAAGUUUGGAGACAUUGACGGGGGAAACAUUUGUGCUAGCCGACCGAUGUUAGCUACAUAUGUCAGUUUUUUUCAGGAGGUGCGGCUGCAGGCUGAGUUAGUGUUAUCUUUACCAGAGCAAAUGUUCUCUUUCAUAUGAUGUUAAAGCAUUGAUAAAUAACGAAAGUAUUGCAGUUAAUGUCGCAGAAGUUGGACAGAAGAAGAAAAUUAGAUUUUAUUUAAUUUUUUUCCAGUUGUCUUGUAAAAGUAAUUGGGUCUGGGCUGCUUGGUGAAUAACAAAACGAAACUUAGGUUGUUUCCUCUGCUUGUCAUUUAAAUCACGAGAUUCACUGAAUCACAGGUUGAGGAAGUUUCCAGCCCUAUAACUUCCUUAUGGUUAGCUGUAAAUAACAACUGUACUGGCAAAACAACCCAGUAAUAGACAAGAAGCUUGAUAUUGUACAGUCAUUGUAAACAUUUCACUUUGAGAGAGUAUUUUGGAACAUUUGGUCUCUUUUAAUUCUAUAUUAAUGCUGGUAAACAGUGUAUUUUCAGUGUUUACAGUAAAAUCAUGAAGCUAUGUAUGACUUUUGGUGACUAUCGAGGGUAACACAAUGUUUAAUCUGAGGAUAUUUACUUUUUGGCUCAAACAAAAUACAAGAAUCAUGAGAAAGUUACAGUUAUACAUUCUUGAAAUACUUAGAUAAAAUUCCUGGUAUGUCUUAAUAGUUUGAUUUCAGAAACUUUUAUAUCGUUAAACAUUUACUUUACAUGUUUUCUUCAUGUCUCUUUUUGAGAGUGUUGCCACUAAUGUACUAAUACACCUGAUGUGUUGUCCCUCCACAGGACAGGUCCUCGUCCCCAUGAGCUUCUCAAGGUUUCUGAUCUGCCCAAAUCCUGGGACUGGAGGAACAUCGACGGCGUCAACUAUGUGAGCACAACCCGCAACCAGCACAUUCCUCAGUACUGUGGCUCCUGCUGGGCUCAUGGCAGCACCAGCGCUAUGGCAGGUAAGAUUUUCAAAUGGGAACUCAAAAACCUGCUGAGUCACUGUGGUUUUUGUAAAGGUAUAAAAAAAAAGCAGAAGUACCUCACAUGACUGCUCAGAGAUUUUUACAGUGUGAGGAAGUCAUAAUUUCAUUUAACACACACACUUUUGACCAGUUCAACCUAAAACGAUGAACGAUUAAGUUAAAUGUUGCCGACCUCUAGCUUCUCUAGUUAUACCAACUAAACACAACUCAAUUACUCUCUUCCAGCAGCCGCUUGUUUUUAGCGAGACCUCGGGCCAGUCCAUUACGGACUGCAGCGGGGUGACGCAGCUCAAGGAAGAACAUUUAUGAUCAUUUCUUCAUGGAAAUUCAAUCAAACCAAGAUGCUGAGGCAGAAGAACUACUCUGUCUUCAGUGCAAAAUGAUUAAUAUGGUGAUUAUUACUUCAAGGAAAUGAUAAAGUAAUGAUCAUAAAUGUGAUGAAGUUAGGUGCUGUUCUGAGCAUUAUUUGUGGCUAUAGAGUGGCGUUUUGGUUGAGGUUUGUUUAUGGCUCCUCAGACCGCUGUGUAUUGCUAUGAUGCGGUCAUUACCAAAGUUGGUAUAACUAGAGAAGCAAGCAGUCGGCAACAUUCAUCUCUCAAGGGGGUGUCUAACUCGAUGUUGUGGUGUGUUUGAUCCUGAAUUAAUUUUAUGCUGGAAUAUCCCUUUAAGGGCCACAGUGCGAUCAAAUGUAGUGCUACCAUGUAGUAUCAUAUCAUUAACAUGGAACCACAAUCAUCAUUUCAUGAGGAGUGGCGCAGUUAGGGAGGGGUGGACUAUUGGAUGAGGGAUCCAUGUAGGCAGGAAGUGUGUUCGUUGCUGAUUUCUGACCCGUCUGGCAGCUGGGUGCAAGAUUAUCUACGGAAGUUUGAAUGUACAUGCUGGGAGACUUGCCAGGAAGGAGUUUUAGUAGUCAACAUGUGGUAGGACAGGAUGAGCUGGCUUUCAUCUGGAUAGUUGUGAUAUAGGAAGCCAUAAGUUGCACCAGGUAAAAUGGUUUAUAGAGAAAGGAGGGGACCAAGCACUGACCCUUGAGGCACCCUUAGUGAUAAGAAAUGUGGUUUUGACACCCUUCUUUUCUACUAUACCUUAUAAGAUCUCUUUGUAAGGACACAAACCACUCCAGGGCAUUCCAAAGACACCAAGUUCAGCGAGUGCGGAAAUUAGGGUUUCAUGGUUCACUGUGUCAAAUGCAGCAGAAAGAAACAGCAGCAGGAGAACUUUUGCACUAACCGGCUACUAACGGUUUUUAAGUUUCACAUCCUCUUCGCACAGGAACUAUUUGUCUGAUUUAUUUUUGUUUGCUUGUCUCUAGACCGCAUCAACAUUAAGCGGAAAGCGGCAUGGCCGUCUGCUUACCUCUCUGUUCAGCAUGUGAUUGACUGCGGUGAAGCCGGCAGUUGCCAUGGAGGGGAUCACAGCGGAGUUUGGGAAUAUGCAAACACACACGGGAUCCCAGAUGAAACCUGCAACAACUACCAGGCUAAAGACCAGAGUAAGUGAUGUUCAGUGAAGAAAGCAAUGGCUGUCAUCAGUAACACUGCCUUUGUAACACUGGGUUUGAGCUGUGCAUGUUGUCUGUCCUCCUCCAAAGAGUGCAAACCCUUCAAUGAAUGUGGAACCUGCACCACUUUUGGCGUGUGCAACAUUGUGAAGAACUACACCCUGUGGAAAGUGGGAGACUUUGGAUCAGUCAGCGGGAGGGAGAAGAUGAUGGCAGAGAUCUACGCAAAUGGACCCAUCAGGUUUGUCACAGUUAUGCUACACAUUUGGAAAGCAGACAGACACACUGUCAGUGUUUUAAACACAAAGGUGAACUUUGUGGAAAAGUAAAAACUGCAUCAGUCCUUUAAAAUUUUCCAAGGUACACUGUAGUACUGGUGUAUGAUUUUACUCCACAAACAGAUAGAUAGAUAGAUAGAUAGAUAGAUAGAUAGAUAGAUAGAUAGAUAGAUAGAUAGAUAGAUAGAUUUUUGACAUAGCGCCACAUUAUGUCAAUACAAAUAUAGGAUCAACUGAACACAUAUAAACCUGUAUUACCUGUAACCUCAAGCUAUAAAGUACAUAAUGUUCACAAGGGGCCAUGUACCUAAGUGGGUCAAUUUCUCAGAGUAUGAUAAAGGGUAAACAUUAACAACACAGCUCAGGCUACCAAAGUUGUAGAAAUGAACCACAGAAACACUCCAGAGUGAAGUGAAAUAGCUUGAAAAUUAGAUGUAUAACCAGAAAAAGUAAGUAAUCUGUGGUGUUUCUCUUUCUUCAGCUGUGGGAUCAUGGCCACAGAUAAACUGGAUGCCUACACUGGAGGUCUCUACUCUGAAUAUCAGGAGGAUCCUUCCAUCAACCACAUUGUGUCUGUGGCAGGAUGGGGAGUGGAGGGCGGUGUUGAGUACUGGAUUGUGCGUAACUCCUGGGGAGAGCCAUGGGUAAGUCUUUAUAAGUCAAAACAAACUGAAAAAAAACUUGAUGUAAAAGAAACAAUGAUUGACAGGUCAGAAAAGGCUGCUCACUUAAAGAUGAUUCACAGAAAAUGUUUCUCAUAGUGAUGGUUGUUUCAGCUCUUUUUAGGGGUCCAGAUUAUUUUGCUCAGUUUAGCAACAAGAGCCAGCUGUUAAAGCUCCCAAACAGGUCGCUGUAGUAUCAUUUGCUGAACUGCCAGAGCCCUUAAAGGUGGGGUAGGCAGGAUCUGAGGAAGUGCCAGUAGAAAGAGUGGAGCGCGCAAAAAAAUUAAAAUGUUGACUACACAGACGUAAUAAAACAGCGAUAUUGUUAUAUUACCAAAUGUCAUCAAUGACUGUUAGCUAUUGACUGAUAGUAAAAUCUUUUUUGUAUAAACACCACAGAAAAAGAUGAUUCUUUAACGAAUUCCUGCCUACCCCACCUUUAACUGCUGCUGAAAUCUUGAUUGGUCCACAGCAGACAUGACAGAUUAUGAAGCUUGAGCCAGAAAUUAAAAAAAAAUGAUCCUCAUGACUAAUCAGGGAUUGUUUUCGCCCUCAGGGUGAGAAAGGCUGGCUCAGGAUCGUGACCAGCGCCUAUAAGGGAGGAAGUGGCAGCUCUUACAACCUGGCUCUGGAGGAGGACUGCAUGUACGGAGACCCCAUCCUCCCCAAAUCCUACGUGUAG